AUGAACACCAUCCUCCGCGCCAUAUUCCGCGAUCCGGCGAACACUUCUCACCUCACCACCUUCAUCUACACUAUCAAAUCUUACCACGCUGCCAACGCGGCCACCCUCACUCAAACAUCCCUGUACGGAGCCCCUCUUCUCACCCCGCAUCCCAAGCCGUGCGUCCUGUCCCCCCGCCGACCUGCCGCCGAAAUGAUACAAACCCGACACAAGAGCCCCACUCUCGUCACCCUCGCCGCUGCCACAACCCUCACCUUCACUCUUGACUUCGAUGCCGUCACUCCGGCCUAA